AUGGUGCUCCCUGGGAAAAAGCCUGCUGGGGAAACUUGCAAUUCAAAUAAGAAGUGUAAGCAGUAUUUCAAUGAGCACUGGAAGGAUGAAUUCACCUGGUUGGAAUUUGACUCUGAACAGAAGCUCAUGUUCUGCAACGAGUGCCACCAGGCCCUUGUGAGAAAACAUGGCAAAGCUGAGAAUGCCUUUACUGUGGGCACGGAUAACUUCCAGCACCAUGCCCUCUUUGUCACCUCAGGGGCUCACCAGCAGACCCUGGCAGUCAAUAGAGAGCAGUUGGCCUUUGAAGCACAGGUGCAAAACCACCAGGUGCUGAAUUCAGAUGUCAAAAUGGAAGUCAACCCUAUCAAAAUAGCCAUCUUCACCACCAUCUUCAUGGCCAAGGAGGAGUUUCCAGAUGAGAAAUGCUCCUCUCUGCUUGAGUUGCAGAGGUUCAAUUUCUGCCCAGCGCUGCUGACCUCUGAGCACAGCUGAUACUGCCAUUCCAGCAGCAUCCAUGCAGCCUUGUUGCUUCAGCUGGAGAGUCAGAGAGAUCUCCAUCGGCAUUUGAUCUCUGUGAGGAGCUGAAGAAAUUCCAUUUUGUUGCUUUCACUAAACUACUUCUGGACACCUUGCCCAUCUUCCAGAAACUAAACUGAUUCUUCCAGUUAGAGGACUUUGAUCUCUCCAUAUUGAAGCCUGUUGUCUGCCACCACCAUCAGCCUCCAAAACCAGAAGAAAGCCAAUGGCCACAACUUCAAAGACUUCCUUAACAAGCUCAGUGAACAGUACCACUUUGAGUACCAGGAUGUAGGGAGUAGGUUCUGCUACAAAGGGGUGGAACUGAGUGACUGUUCCAAGAUACACUUGACAAACUUUGAACAUUUCAAGGACACUUAUCUAGACAGUCUCCAGUGCAAACUGAAGGAUAUAUUCCCUAGCAGUUCUCUGGAAGUGGUCAACUCUUUCUCUACUUUAUUUAAUCCCAAGUGCUAUUCUCGCUCUUUAGAUGAAAUUGGAAGCUAUGGUGUGGAUGAACUGAACUUCCUUUUGCAGAUGUAUUCCUGUGUGGUGGGAAGCAAGCAGGCACUGAAUGAUUUCCCCUUCUUCAAACGGGUAGUAUGUAGCCUUAAUCAGCUAACUGCAACAUUUUGUUAAUCAUCUAUUUAUGGACUAUCCUUCAGUGGAAGACUCCCAGGAUAGUGUACAAUUUAAACCAACCAACAAAAUUAUCAUUAUGCUUUUGUGUUAAUUUUUCAAAUUGUCAUUACCCACUGUGGAAUCACAAAAGUGAUGAAGGGUAGGAUAUAAAGAAAACCAGGAAUUGUCCAGCAUCGUGAAAAUUGUCAUUGAUGGACCAACCCUCAAUUUGUUUGAUUUUACUUUAGCCAUUUAAUAUUAUAUCAGCAUGAGAGAAAUGGACUUUAUAACAGCACAUGUCAAGUAAGAUUUAGAAAGGGACAUGAAGAACACAAUUUGAACUGAAAACAGUGUUUGCUGAGAUUACUAGACUGAGGGCUGGGGGAGAGAGGGGGGAUGCCUUACAUUUUAACUAAAGACUUUAAAGACUGAGGUGCUCUUCUUCUUCCUGCCACCCUAAGCAUCAAACAAUCAUCUUGUUCCAUCCUUAACUACAGUGAAUUUCAGGUUCCCAAAUUAUGUGUAUAACAAGUCCUAACACGAGUUUCUUGCAUUUGAGAAAGAUUUGUUGUAUCUGAAAAAGAGGGAAGGAUGUGUCUUCUAUUUUAUCCAAGUUCUCCUGUCACUUUUCUUCUGAGCUUACUCUUUACUGUGUAUGUAGCAACUUGGUAUAACUGGUAAAUAAAUCGGUUCCCAUAUUGGA